AUGUCUGAAGAAGAUCAGUUCAUUUCGGUGCAAUGGGACAGGGAUGAAGUCAACAAGGACACAGACACCAGCACCGCCUUGUACAACGAUACGAUUGCAGAAGAGCCAGCUGAAUCAAACACGGAUCAAAAUGGCGCGACGACGACGACGACGGCUAAUGCUUCUUCGUCGCAUCAUGAGCUGCAGCAAGAGUUUAGUCCCGUCGCUGCUUCAAACAUUGCAAAUGACGAGGAGUCGAUACUCAAGACGGCUGCACCUGAUGACGCCGAUGACUUGCACGACGAUAAUGAUCCCAGCAACUCUCUUUUUAUAUCUUCAAAUGCUCCGUUGGCUGCAGAAAGCGGGGAAGAUCAAGUUGAAACAGAGCAGAGUCACGGUCAGAUUCAGGGCCAGAGUCAGGGCCAGAGUCAGGGCCAGAGUCAAAGCCAGAGUCAAAGCCACGAAGAAGCAUUGGCUACGCAGGAGAAUCAACGUAGUCGUGGCAGCGAGGAUAUUCUCGCUACAGUUGCUCAAUCAAUCGAUACAUCAUUCUUUGACAAGUACUCGAUCAAAGUCUCCGUGACUCACCCGACGCGUGAUUUGGAUGCCUCGUCAAAACCAUUUAUUUCCUAUCUCGUAACAACCACAACUGACAACCCUUCGAUCUUAAAAUUGUGCAAGGAGAAAACGAUCAAAGAGGGAGAAGAAUAUGCUACAUUUAGUGUCCGCAGAAGAUACGGCGACUUCAGGUAUUUAUACGAGAGCUUGACCAAUGACUUCCCCACUGUUAUGGUGCCGCCCUUGCCCUCGAAGCUGAAUAUCAAAUACCUCACUGGUGACACCUUUAGCCAUGACUUUGUGCAUAAACGUUUACAUUCAUUAGACCGGUUUGUGCGUUUUAUUGUCCAGCAUCGAGAAUGCUCUCAACUGUCCAUCUUUCAUUUAUUCAUUAGCGACUCGGGCGACUGGAACACGUUUACCACGUCGUUAAAGAUUAAAGAAUUGAGCAUCAAUGGAGAACAGCAAGGCGGCAUUGUUAACAAAGUGGUCAAUGAAGACCUCCUUACUGAAAAAGUGAUGAAUUUCCUCACGUCAUCGAAGCACAAACGUGAAACCAAUCGGGAAAUCUUGGAAAUCAACGAUAAACUAAAGAAGCUAUAUGAAAAUUUGAUCAAGUUGGAUCGCAUUUUUCAAAAAUUGAAUAGGAAAAACCGCGAAUUGGGCAAUGAUUAUGAGCAGUUUCUGAACCAAAUACAGAAAUUGUCAACUUUACAAAAAAAGGACUCGAAUGAAGAAUUGUCGAUAACUUCCAAUUUCAAAAUCUUUGCCGAGUCGCUCACCUAUUUUCUGAAUUCAUGGGAUGACUUGUACAAAUACAUGGACGAAUCUUUCUUGGUUCUGUUGAAAGACUGUGCCAAGUACGUGAUUAGCCUCACCAAUCUUAUCGAAUUGCAACACAAUAAGCGCAUCGACUUGCAAGUGUUGCAAGAUUAUUUGAAUAAAGGCAGGAACGAAUUGAGCAACUUGACGGGUCACCCAACCCAGCUUCCCGCAUCGCAACACCUGCAUCAAAGCAGCAGUGGCGGAUUGGUCAACAAUACCACCCAGUUGAUUAGAGAUACGCUUUCGACUUCGGCUACCCCUUACAUUGGAUCAACAGCCUCCGAUAAUAAGAUCCAUAAACUCGAAAGCAAAAUCCAGCAACUUGAAAACGAAAUCACGGUGCAAACUAAACUCAUCAAUGACUUUACCACCAAGAUCAUCAAUGAAGAAUACCCCAAUUGGGACAGGUUUAAUAAACAGGAGUUGAAGAGCGCUAUGCUUGGACUAUGCGAUAAACAGAUUGGUUUCUACAAUGGGCUAGUUGAUAAUUGGAGUCAAGUUGAGAUGAAGCUCUCAAAGAGACUCGAUGAAUUGAAUUGA